AUGGCUGUUGAUGGUGGGUGUGGGGACACUGGAGACUGGGAAGGUCGCUGGAACCAUGUAAAGAAGUUCCUCGAGCGAUCUGGACCAUUCACACAUCCUGAUUUCGAGCCAGGCACUCAAGCUCUUGAGUUUUUGUUAAACACAUGUAAAGUACUAGUUAUUGGAGCAGGUGGAUUAGGUUGCGAGCUCCUGAAAAACCUGGCACUGUUGGGCUUUAGGCAGAUCCAUGUUAUUGACAUGGAUACUAUAGAUGUUUCUAAUCUGAACCGACAGUUUCUGUUUCGACCAAAGGAUGUUGGGCGACCAAAAGCAGAAGUUGCAGCAGAAUUCCUGAACAGCCGCGUUCCCAACUGUGCUGUUGUAGCAUAUUUUAAAAAGAUUCAAGACAUGGAUGAAAGCUUCUACAGACAGUUUCAUAUUAUUGUUUGUGGGCUGGACUCUAUAAUUGCAAGAAGAUGGAUAAAUGGCAUGCUGAUGUCAUUUUUACAUUAUGAAGAUGGUGUACUGGAUCCAAGCUCCAUCAUACCUUUAAUAGAUGGAGGGACAGAAGGUUUUAAAGGAAAUGUUCGUGUGAUUAUUCCUGGUAUGACAGCAUGUGUUGAAUGCACACUUGAGCUUUAUCCACCACAGGUCAAUUUUCCCAUGUGUACUAUUGCAUCUAUGCCCAGACUACCAGAGCAUUGUAUUGAGUAUGUCAGGAUAUUGCAGUGGCCAAAGGAGCAACCUUUUGGAGAAGGUGUUGCAUUGGAUGGAGAUGACCCUGAACAUAUACAGUGGAUUUACCAGAAGUCUUUAGAAAGAGCAUCACAAUUUAAUAUUAAAGGUGUUACAUACAGACUCACCCAAGGGGUGGUUAAACGAAUUAUUCCAGCAGUAGCUUCUACAAAUGCAGUAAUUGCAGCUGUUUGUGCCACUGAAGUUUUCAAAAUAGCCACAAGUGCGUACAUUCCUCUUAACAACUACUUGGUGUUUAAUGAUGUGGAUGGAUUAUACACAUACACAUUUGAAGCUGAAAGAAAGGAGAACUGCCCAGCCUGCAGCCAGCUUCCCCAAAACAUAGAGAUUUCCCCAUCAGCUAAAUUGCAGGAGAUCUUGGAUUACUUGACCAACAAUGCUUCACUGCAAAUGAAAUCUCCUGCCAUCACAGCAACUAUGUAUGGGGGAAAUAAAACACUUUAUUUACAGACAGUAGCUUCAAUUGAAGAACGGACGAGGCCGAAUCUUUCCAAGACACUAAAAGAAUUGGGGCUUGUGGAUGGCCAGGAGCUUGCAGUUGCUGAUGUCACUACACCACAGACUAUGCUGUUCAAGCUUCACUUUACCACUUAAUUUAUUCAUAAGUAAACUGCAUAUACAGCAGGAGGCAUCUGUACCCACCUUGUAAAGCAAAUGUACUCUGUGGGUGUUAAGGCAACCCAAAACGUUCAUGUUAGUACUAGCAUUGUUGAAGGUUAGGUAAUCCAAUGAAUCAUCCUAUUUCACAAUUGUAUGUAGAAGCCAAUAUUUGGUGGAUUAUAUUUGUAUAAAUACUUAUGAAUGUACAGAACUCUGAUGUAUAGGAAAACACUUUCCCCCCACCAGUUUUUGUUGUCAAAAUGUCAAUGUUAAUAUACCUUCAGACACAUGGAAAUUUCAAGGUGGCCAAAAGUUU